CUCAAGAUGUUGCUCAUGUCCAUUUGUUUGGUUGCAGAAAGUGAUAGACAAUAAAGUAUAUUUAAAUAAAUACUAUGCAUUUAUUUAGAUUACACUUCUUAGACAUAAUUUGAGAGAGCCUUCUGUGGUAUAUACCAAACCAUUUAACAAUGAAUAUUUUCUACAAAUUGUCCCAAUAAAAUAUUGCUGAAGGCACGGAAACAAUGACCCAUUGUAUCAAAUCCCUAGUUCGUUUUAUCGUUACAAUGACAGACUUUAACGACCGGAAGUUUAACGGAGGGCUCAGGGCUGGAUGGAUGGCUACGGAGAGCGUGCGGGCAGGUUCGAUAGUGGUCGGUUGAUGGCCAAUACCAGCAUCAGAAGGUGAUUGCAUACGGUGCAUAGGCAUAUACAUUGUAUCCAAUUGUACAACGAGUGUGUGAUCACGAUUGUUGACAAACGCUGGGUCACGUGAUCUCAACCCACCAAUCACAUUAUCGCUCUACGGUAGGUUUGAUUUGUUUCACCUUGUGUGCCUAUGUCUAUCUACCAGACUCCCGUAUAGAUGAAACGCAACGUAUCCGCUCUCCGGUGCGACGAAGAUACACUUUACAUAAAAAUCGAUUUGUUUCACAUAGGAGCAGAUGCUGUAGCCUACUGCCAAAUCUGUAUUGAUAGGUCCUCCCAGAAGACAACGGAUUUUUUCUUAAUUAUAGUCGGAAAAUUCUGUUUAAGGCGUAUUGUUAUGAUCAGGCAAUAAAAUAAAGGCGUUUUAUAAUCAUCACCUACCUAAAUUAUACCAGAGAGAGGCUGCCGUUACAAAAACAUACAGGUUGAAACAGGUAACCGCGUCUUACCUUCUUCAUCUUCAGCAUAAAUCCACAGUAUGGCGACCAGUGCAAAGAGACCGUCCCUGCAGGGCCCGGUGCCCCCUCCUCGGAAGAAGACCAGCCCCAAGCCCGAGCUCACCGAGGAGCUGAAGCAGGAGAUCCGGGAGGCGUUCGAGCUCUUUGACACCGACGGCUCCGGUCACAUCGAUGUCAAGGAGCUCAAGGUUGCCAUGAGAGCACUAGGGUUCGAGCCAAAGAAGGAGGAAAUCAAGAAAAUGACAAGUGACGUGGAUAAAGAAGGCACGGGCAAGAUUUCUUUCAGCGACUUCCUCUCUGUCAUGACACAGAAGAUGGCGGAAAAGGACUCCAAAGAGGAGAUUUUGAAAGCGUUCCGUCUGUUCGAUGAUGACGAGACUGGGAAGAUCUCCUUCAGAAAUCUCAAGAGGGUGGCAAAGGAGCUGGGAGAGAAUCUCACAGAUGAAGAACUCCAGGAGAUGAUCGAUGAAGCGGACCGGGACGGAGAUGGGGAAGUGAACCAGCAGGAAUUCCUGCGGAUCAUGAAGAAGACAAGCCUUUACUGAAUGAAGUGUAUGUCAUGUAUGAGACACAUAGAUAAACACACACACCAAGGUUAUUAUAGUUAAGCAUUUUUCAUUUUUUUUCAUGUAAUUUCCCUUUUUUUAUUUCCAAUUUUAGUUCAGAAUCCAUUUGUUUUUAACGCCAGUUUGCUACUUUAGUUUAGUUUAAAAAUAAAUAAUUGCUUAGUAACAGGUUCCUUUUUUAUUACUUUCAGUAUACGUUUUAUUAUAUUUUUUGUAAUAUGGGGCAUUUGUCAGGGGAAAGAUUACAACUUUCAGAAAACCUAUUGUGUAAUAAAAACUCCACCAUAGCAUUGAAAAUGUAUUCACCUAGGACAGAUGAACAACCAUCCACCAAAGACUAAUUGACAAAGACGAAAUCAAAAUACAUUUUCUCUAUAAAUUAUUUUGUCUAUUUUUGUAAAUACACAAUAGUUUAAUUUAAUUAUGGUUUUUUUGUACAGCCUCGUCUUUAUAUGUAUUUUAGUAAACGGAAGUCUUUUUCACACCUAGUGCUCGUUAUUUUGUUAACGAUGGUAACCUUGACCCCCCACCAACACACACAGACACAGGGUUGGUUGGUGCUAUGGAUAGGUGCACUAGAGGAAAGCAGCAGGGGUUGUUGUUUUUGUUUUGAUCUUUGUUAUUUAAUGUAGUUCUGUCUCAAAUACCCCCCCCCUAUAUUUCUCUGUCACGCCAUAUCCUUUAGGCUACCUUUUUUAAAGAUGCAUUGAGGUUUACAAAUUUAACAGUAUAUUAUGCUAGAAAGAGGUCUAUUAUUUUGAAUCACAGUGAAAGUUUGUGGUCUAACGCCACAUUAUUGCACAUUUUCUGGAAAGACCUCCCUAUACCGUAUAAUAAAUCAUGCCUUAUUAUAAUAUAAUAAGCAACAGUAGUUAUAUAUUUAUCAUUUCAUAUGUUUAAGUGGAUGCUCAGAGUGCCUGAUAUCGGUAAGCCGACACCUCUUCUUUCAUGCGGACUCGCGCCGGGCUUCCUGUCUUUAAACCAGUCGCUUGAUCAAUUAAUUUAUUUAUCAAUUUGUGGUUUUUACAAGUAAUCAUAUCUGUCCUAUUUAAACCUGCUUAGUGGGAUGUGUUCUCAAUGUGUGUGUUGCAUUGUGAACGCUCUGUUUCAGCAUGAUCUAUAUUCGCCGUCUCUCGUAUGUGCUUCUAGGACGCUCUGCUUCAUGGUAUUACCUUUUUGUAAUUGCGUCUGAGCCUGUUCUGGGGCCUCCUCCUGACAAAAUCAGGGAAGUCAUCCAAGUCUCUCCCUCCGAGCCUGGGUGUCUCUCUUCCCAAAACUCAUCACUGAAUUGAGGAUGUUCUCAUUCGAUAUUUGCCAUUCCUUUUUUGGAUAAUUUGUCUUUAGUGUCCUUGAAUGUUUUGUAAAAUGUAUAGCAACUGCAGCGGCAGAUAUACACCAAUUGAUAUCUAUAUCUAAUAUAUAUAUAAAUGUGUGUUUAAAUAAAUAUCUUUAAGCAGUU